UGAACAUUCCCAAAAAAACGAAAGGAAAAAUAACUUAAGACUUGAGAGAGAAUUGGAGACCUACACUUCUACAAAUCACUCGUGUCUUGUGCUUCUUACACUUCGUCCCUAAUCAGUUUCAAUUCCUUCAUCUCCCUCUUCAGAAGCUUCAAAUUGAAGUUCAUCAAUGGCGUCAUUUCUCAAAACCUCUAUUCUCUCUCAUCUGCAAUCUCAUCCUCAGAGGAGAGAGAAUUUGUUUGCGCAGCCAAGCCGAGGUUUUCAUGUCGAUCUUGGAGAGCGUGAGAAAGCUCUGUUGGCCAAGGACCCAGCGUUGAAUCGGUUCAAGUCAAAUAAACAGGGUGUAAAGCGAAUGAAAAGAGUAGGAGAUGUUCUGACGAUUGUUGUUGCGGCUGGCUGUUGCUACGGGGUCUAUGUCCGGGCCAAUAUGAGUAAGGAAGCUAAGCAAGUAAGCUGAAGUGCAUAACUUUGCAUGAACUUUUGUUACAUUGUGUGAGUUUUGGCUGGUUCCGUCUCGUAAGUACUUUGUACUGAAUAAGCAUCCCAACUAUGUCAUCUUCAAGUGUUUGUAGCAUACAAAAUUUUCUGGCGCUUUGGUUCAUUCACUUUUGUAGUUCAGGUUUUGCUUCUAUUUCCAUUCUCGAUCAUAAAUAAAACUUUGAUAUGAAGAAUUUGGUUGAAUGACCAGCUCUUAUUUGCGAAAUAUACUCUCCUUUCUUUAA